CCCCCCCUUGUCAAGUUUACUAAACACGAAUGAUAGGGCUUCUCGCUUCCUGUUUGGUCGCGUUUCCUGGUACGAGGAUGAGCCACUCAGCUGUUUUUACCAGAGGCAAACGGAGCUCGGCGUUAGCCUGUUAGCCUGGGGCGGCAGCAGCCGGAGGAGGGAGACCGCCGCUUGGCGUUACGCGAGCUCAAGCGGGAGAGGAAGCUCACGGGGCGCCUGGGAGAAGGUCCCUCCCCGGGAACAUAAGCGCGGAUGACCGGGCGGUCACGCCGAUGAAGCGCCGGACUGAAUGGAGAUGCUUCCAGUCAGAAAAUUAGCUGCCAACUGCUCAAACUGGAGCUGGGGUUUAAAGUCCGUAUAGGCAGCUGGUCGUCGCAGCGGUUUUUACUUGAUGACAUGAAGCCGGUGUCUUAUUUGCCAAGACGCCAUGGGCAGCAAAUGAUUGAAUGUAUUUUUUAACCCGAAAAAAAAAGAAAUAUAUCUGCUAUCGUUUUUGAUAGCGUGUGGUCGUUACCUGGUUAGUCCAAUGAAUAUUUAAAAUUAGCUCGCUAGCCUGCUAUAUGUGUACCUAGCAAGUGCUAACUGGCUAAUCAUCAAACAAUCACGAGUAGCAGCAUUUUUUAUUGGGUUUAUUUUAUUUACACUGUUUGUUUUCGGUUUGUACUUUGAAUUUUGUCUCGCUGGGUAACAACAUCAUUGACCUGGUCAAUUUAACCUUGGCUUGUAAUCACAUAAAUAUGAAAGUGACAGGCAAAUAUUGACCUUAUUCCGUUUUGUCGAGCGCCAGUAGACUGGGUUGACUUGACAUCCGUUAUAAGUACCGACUCCAUUAGCGUAUAAGCUAACUAGUUACCGUGUUUGGGCAUAAGCUGCGUUUUUAAGCUAGCUAACCAGCUCCCUAUCAUCUUUUGGGCCACAUUGCUAAUAUCGGAAGCUGGCGGCAGUUAAUCAUAUCGUUUUCUUGAAACUGCUUAUUUUGUGAUUUUUUUUUGUUUUUGUCCAUAAUAAUUUUCUUCCUGCAUUGUCACAAACAAUGAAGAAGUUUUUUGACUCUCGUCGGGAAUUGGUCAGUUCCGGACCCGGUUCUGGGGCGAGCUGUGGGGGCAGCGGGUCUGGCGGUUGUGGCAGUUUCAUAGGGAGGGUUUUCACCAUCGGCCGCUACCAGGUCACCGUGGAUGAGACGCUGGCAGAAGGGGGCUUUGCCAUCGUGUUCCUGGUUCAUACUCACCAGGGUCUCCGCUGUGCCCUCAAGCGCAUGUAUGUCAACAACGAGCACGACCUGCAGGUGUGCCAGCGGGAGAUCCAGAUCAUGAGGGACCUGGUAGGCCACAGGAACAUCGUGGGAUUCCUAGACUCCAGCAUCACGGCAGUAGGAGCGGGAGAUGUGUGGGAGGUCCUUAUCCUCAUGGACUUCUGUCGCGGUGGCCAGGUGGUGAACCUGAUGAACCAGCGGCUGCAGACAGGCUUCACCGAGGCUGAGGUGCUGCAGAUCUUCUGCGACACAUGCGAGGCAGUGGCCCGGCUGCACCAGUGCAAGAUGCCCAUCAUCCACCGUGACCUUAAGGUGGAGAACAUCCUGCUGCACGACCGUGGUCAUUAUGUGCUGUGUGACUUUGGCAGUGCCACCAACCGCUUCCAGAACCCGCAGACUGAGGGUGUCCCUGUGGUGGAGGAGGACAUCAAGAAGUACACCACACUGUCAUACCGCUCUCCUGAGAUGGUCAACCUCUACAGCGGCAAGGUGAUCACCACCAAGGCGGACAUCUGGGCCAUGGGCUGCCUGCUGUACAAGCUCUGCUACUUCACGCUGCCCUUCGGAGAGAGCCAGGUGGCCAUCUGUGACGGCAGCUUCACCAUCCCCGACAACUCCCGCUACUCGCAGGACAUGCACUGCCUCAUCCGAUACAUGCUGGAGCCAGACCCCGACAAGAGACCGGACAUCUACCAGGUGUCCUACUUCGCUUUCAAGCUGGCGCGGAGGGACUGCCCCGUCCAGAACGUGCACAAUGUUCCCAUUCCAGCGAAGCUUCCUGAGCCAAUCAGAGCCAGCGAAGCUGUAGCCAAGAAGAGCCAGACCAAAGCCCGGCUGACGGACCCCAUACCGACCAUGGAGACGUCCAUCGCCCCCCGGCAGCGCCCCAAAGGGGGCCAGGCCCAGCCCAUUGCCGGGAUACUGCCUAUCCAGCCUGCCCUCACACCCCGCAAGAGGCCCACGGGUGCCCCCGCGGCUGCCCCGCCCGUUGCAGUUGGUCUCGGCGCUGGCCCCCCGACCUCAGCCAUGCAGCCACAGAAGGCGACGCUGCCCCCCGUGGCUCAGCAGCAGGCUCCGCCCACACAGCCCGUGGCCCCUGCGGCCCAGGCGCAGGCCACGCCCUCUCACCAGCAGCUCCGCAUGAAGCAGCAGCAGGUGGCCGCCUACUUCAGCACUGUCCCACAGCAGCAGGAGGCUUCACAGCAGCCCGUCACUCCUGCCCGCGGCAUCCACAAGGUGGGCUCCCUGACACCACCCUCUUCCCCGAAGGCUCCGGCCCGCGGGGGCCACAGGCGCAUCCUGAGCGACGUCACCCACAGUGCCGUGUUCGGCGUUCCCGCCAGCCAGUCCACCCAGCUGCUGCAGGCUGCGGCCGCCGAGGCCAGCCUCAACAAGUCCAAAUCGGCCAGUACGACGCCGUCGGGCUCCCCAUGCUCUUCCCAGCAAAGCGUGUACCAGCCUGCUGAGAGCAGUGCCCUGGUGGCCUCCACGGCGCCCCCAACUGCUCGCAACUGUGUGGAGCAGCCAGCCUGGAAUCCCUUCGGCGACGAUAACUUCUCAAAGCUGACCGCCGAGGAGCUGCUCAACAAGGACUUCGGCAGACUUGCCGAGAGCAAGGCAGCCGAGAGGGGCAGUGCCCCCGCAGGGGACCUCAUUCCUGGGCUGUCGAUGGCCCCAGCCCCCAAGGCAUUCACCCAGCCUGCAGCUGAGAGACCCUCUGACACUCUGUGUCUGGAUUCGGGUGUGCCGCUCUUGACUGUCCCGGACCCAUUCAACUCCCAGUCCCUUUCUGACACCCCAGAGAAGCUGAUAGAGGGCCUGAGGUCCCCCGACACAUCUCUCCUGCUCCCUGACCUUUUACCCCUGACUGACCCUUUCGGCACUCCUGCGGAGGGCCCCGGUAACGGCAAGCCGGACGUGUGCAUGGACUCGUUGAUCCCUGGUCUGGAGGCCCCCAGGCCACAGCCGGAGCCUGCAUCUGUAGCCCUGCCAGACUCUCUGGCUGGUGAAGAUGUUCUUUUGGGUAGCUUGCUGUCCCACUCCUCCAACACGGGACUCCCUUCUGCCUCCACACCCCCUUCUGGCUCUGCCUCCUGUCUGGAUGAGUUUGCCCCCACAUCCCAUGGUGUCAGCCAGCCCCUUGCGGAUGCUUCCUGCCUCAUGCCAGGCUUCCAGCGGCCCGAGUGUGCGGAGAAAAGCACUGAGGACGAGUUUGACCCCAUCCCCGUGCUCAUCUCCAAAACUUCUAACCAAGAACUCCAGAGGCAGACCAAUGGCUAUAGUGUGUUUUGUGAAGGAGGAAGUGAGGUGCCUGGAGAUAUUGACACCAUAGACCAGGGCUGUUUGCACUCAAGUGAGGAAGAGGAUGAUGAAGAGCAAGUUGAUGAAGGUGCAGCUCUGGACUCCAGCGGCUCCAGGCCAUUGCUACUAGAUUCCGAGGAGGAGGAGGAGGACCAGGUCCCGGAAGUCGGGCAGGAACCAGACCAUCAGAUCUACCAGUCCUCUUUAUUCCCCCAGCACCAGCAGCAUUUCUCCCCUCACCUCUUGCCUUCCCAACCAGGCAGGAAGCAACAUACUCCACCUAACGUCUUCUCAAACGCCCCCUUUGGAACUGGAUACGAGGAGGGUAUUGACGUGUUUGCCAAAGCACCCUUCCUACGGCACCCUACCCCAGCUCAGGAACCAGACAUCUUCCUACAGGCCCCUUUUGGCAGGAGGAAGGAGAUAGCCAGAGGCUUGCAGCAGUACUCCCAGCCGUGCAUACAGCACCCAGUAUGUUCUGCUGUCCACCUCCCUGGUCAUGUGCAAGCCUACCUGGGCCAAGCCCCUUCCCACCCCAUACAUCCACAAGCCUUGGCCAAGUAUUCCCGACAUUUUGAGGCCCCGCUACCCCAGUCACUGAUGGGGGUCCAACAUCCAUUGCCCUCUGGGGCUAGAUUGGGUGCCAUGGGGCCAAGCCCUGCAGGUCAUUUGCCCUCAUGGACUACAGAGGCUGCUGCUGUGGAUCCCUUUAUUGCUGCACCCUUUCACCAUAAAGGUCCACAGGAUAAGCUCUAAAGACAGGGGAUCGGGCAGGAUCAACUCUGAAAAGGAAAAUGGGUACAGCAGCUAUGAGUAUCUGCAGUGGGCUAUGGGCGGCACCAUCACCUCCAACCCAAUACUUCACAAAUUCUGAAACUGGUAUUGGAACAAAAGGUAGAAUAUUUGAAAGUAGUAGUAAUCCUAGCCCUUAAUGCAGAAACAGUCGAUCUUAUGCAUCUGCACCCUCCUUGCAGUCUGUCUACACCAUGUGACUGCAUCUCGUUGCUGGUGCUGCACUCCAUCCCCCACCACUUGAUCUAGAUACAGCCACCUCUGUUAAUUUUAACAAGACCCUGAUUGCUGAACAAGUCACUCAAGAUCUCGAACAUUUGGUUCCCUAGAUGGGACAGUGCUGCUCAGAAAAGUUUACCUUUUUUUUUUUUUUCUCUUCUCAAAUUUCCUGUGCAUUCAAUCAUGAAGUAAACGCUGAAAGCACUCUCCUUUGCACAGCAGACUGUGGCUGGAUUAAAUAUUAAAUGAUAUGAAAUCAUUUGAAACCUCAUCAGAUUUUGUAUUCAUUCCCUCUGUUCUUGAGAACCCAUACUGACAUGUACUUGUGCUGUUUGUGAAAUGCUCCUGUACAUGAAAGUAUGGCUUAGACAACUUUUAAAUUCUCUGCUAGUGGUUUACUUUAGCGUGUCCGCUUAAAUAAUGUAACUAACAUAUACCAAAUAAUGCUAAAAUAUGACAAGUUUGACUUGCUAAUAAUAUUCCUGCCCCCUUUUCUGAUUUAAUGCACCCACCACCAGCAGUGCACAUGGCCCUUUAAAGCUUUCAUUUAUGGUGCCUCUACAAGUGAUUUUAUUUCAUCUUGGGCACAUGGCAGCUGGAGCUUACUUUGGCAUUUUUAUGAAACAUGCUUCAUUUGAAUCAUUUUGAUCUUGCCGACUUCCUUUCUCAGUAUAGAAUUUGGAAAGACGGCUGCAUGCCAGCAGAAGAACUGUCUGGCAUCGCCUGUUAUUUCUAUAUGUUUUCAUCACCAUAAGUCCUGUGUUACUUCCUCCUAGAACCAUUUUUCGCUCUCUCUCUCUCCCCCCCCCCAAGUAUACAAACUGAGUAUUUACCUUGGUUUAUGCUACAUAUGGCAAUAACCCUAAAUUUUAACGUUAUUCUUUGUUAAUUCACAAAUUAUUCUUUGUGUGUGUCAGUAUACACUCUGGAUCACUCCGAAUAGAUGAGGCCAUAUGAAUGUAUGCAUGGUGUUCCUGUGCUGAAACCAAGCCCACCAUAAUGCCACUGUUGUCCCGUUUACUGAAGGUACAAUCCUGGCAUUGUCCUCUGCUUCACAGGGUCCUUAAGUGCUUUGCAAACAUCUACUGUACCCGUUUACUCCAGCAUCAAACAAGGAGGACAGGCGGCAUGAUUUUGUACACAUGGCCUUAGGUAGUACUACUAAACAGUGAGGGAAGACAACAGGGUCUCAGCUAUGCUCCCAAUAAUUAUUUGCAUUUAUAUUAUUGAAUGUUAUAUACUGAGCCCUGACCAGUCUCCCUCUACAGUUUGUCUUUGCACACAACUUGAAUGAAGAGAUGAUGGCAAAUAAGUCUACCUUUACAGGUUUCUUUCACUUGACAUUGCUGUGUAUUAAAAUGGGCUUUACGUUAUAAUUUAUACAGAAAACACUCUGCUGAUUUGGAAAGUGGGGAUUGUAGACAUGUAGCCUCUGACUGCUGAAACUGAAGGCACUUGUCAAAUAUACUUGAGUAACCCAAAGCACUUUGUGAACUUUUGAAAACUGUCACAGAAAGCCUUUGUUGAAUUGCUGAAUGCUGUCAUGGCAAGUUGUGUAUUAUAAAGAACAUUAAAUAAAUGAUUGCAUUUA